AUGCAACUUCUUCAAGAAAGUUUUUUUAUACUAAAAUGUACAGGUCUAUGGAAACCAGCCAGUUGUUAUGGUUGGCGUUUGUGGCUUUACAAUUUAUACAUAUUCAUUAUCAUUUGCAAUAGUUGGAUGUUUGUUAUUUCACAAAGUCUAGACCUCGUAUUAACAAGCAAUAGCAUCGAAGAUUUUACAAACAUAUUAUUCCUUUUAUUGAGCGUUUUAGUUGUAUGUGGUAAAAUAAAUAAUAUGCUGAGUGGUCGUAAACUGAUGGACAAAUUAAUCAACAGUUUUAAUAAAUAUCCAUUCAAGCCAGAAACCGAUGAUGAAGUUAAUAUUCAAAAUCGAUUUAAUCGCAUUAAUAGAAUUAAUACAAUACUUUAUUGGGGAGUGAAUAAAAUUUCAGUAACAGUAUUUAGCUUUCGUAAAAUUGUUGAAUUACAACCGACUCAUAUUUUACCAUAUGGUGGCUGGUUUCCUUAUGAUCAUACUAAACCAAUUAUCUACUGGUUUACUGCAGUGUCUCAGCUUAUGGCACCAGUUAUGGCUGCUAAUAUGACAGGUGGCUACGAUUCAUUUUUUUGUGGACUAAUGAUGCAACUUUGUGCACAAGUAGAAAUAUUAAAACAUCGAUUCAAUAAUAAACUUGAUAAUUUAGAAAAAAAAAAUUUGAUUAAUUUAAAUCCGUCAGUUCACAAAAAUAUAGAAAAAAAAAUAUUUUCAGAUAUUAUUGAACAUCAUAUUGCUAUUUUAAGAAUGGCCUAUGAUGUUAAUUCAUUUUUUUCGAAAAUUGUUUUUUUACAAUACUCAUUGAGUUCAAUUGUACUAGUAGCAAGUGUUUAUAUUUUAGCUGGCUUAAAACCAGGCUCUUUGCAAUUUACCAGUGGUUUGAUAUAUUUAUUAUGCAUGUUUUAUCAAAUUGCAUUACUCUGUACAUCUGGCCAUGAGAUAUCACUUGCGUUUGAAGAACUUGGUGACUCAAUAUACAAUAGUAAUUGGCUCAAUUUGACAAGUAACAAGUCUCAAAAAAAUAUGAUUAUUAUGAUGAGUAGAAUGUUGAGACCAUUUGUCAUUAAAAGUGGUCAUUUUGUCACUCUCAAUAUGGAUUCAUUAAAAUAUCUAGUAAAACUUUCAUACUCUAUUUAUAACUUACUCUAA